AUGUCGCCGAUCAGACAUUCGCCACUUGAAAAGCGACAACAGAAGAGACAGUGCGAUUCUUCGACGCCAUGUCCUGAUGGGAGCUGCUGCCGAAGGGACGGACGAUGCGGAUAUGGGAAAGAGAACUGCGACUCCAGUGUGUGUAUAUCCAAUUGCGGCGCUACUGCGCUGUGCGGUCGGGAUAGCAAGGGCGGUACGGUGAAGUGCCCGCUAAAUGUUUGUUGCUCCUACUAUGGCUACUGUGGAGUCGAACAAGACUACUGCAACGGAGGUGGACCUACUUCACCAUGUCAGACGGGGUUUGGGUCGUGUCAGACCAUUGCACCGCCUUCUUGCGGAGGCAAUUCAGCAGCUGGCCGCAGCAUUGGCUACUACCAACUGGCCAAUGUGAGGGAGCGCCAAUGCAACCGCAUCCGCCCGAAAGACAUUAACAUCAAAGGCUUAACGCAUCUAUAUGCUGCUUUUGCGACGAUCAAUCCCUCCACGUUCGAGGUUGCUGCCGCCGACCCCGACGACAUCAACCUGUACAAGGAGUUCACUGCAUUGAAGUCUUCAACGUUGAAGACGUGGAUCGCAAUUGGAGGCUGGAAUUUCAACGACCCAGGCCCAACGCGCACUACGUUCAGUGAUCUUUCCAAGACAGCUGCACGGCGGUCACGAUUCAUCACCUCACUGAAAUCGUUUCUGACUGCCCACGGCUUUCAAGGUGUUGACCUUGACUGGGAAUACCCUGGCGCGCCGGAUAGAGGCGGCGUCCCCGAAGAUACCGACAACUACGUUUUACUCCUCAAGGAAAUGCGAGCAUCGUUCGGCACCCAGUUUGGAAUUAGCAUAGCUACACCGGCGAGUUACUGGUACUUGCGCUGGUUCAAACCCAAGGAGAUGCAACAGUACGUUGACUGGUUUGGAGUCAUGACCUAUGACUUGCACGGUCCUUGGGACGAAAAGGUCGUUCAGAUUGGCAAGGUCGUUCUAGGUCACACGAAUGUUCCUGAAAUCUCCAACUGGACACAGCCUCUCUGGUAUGAUGAAGUUGAUCCGGCCAAGGUCAACUUGGGACUUGCGUACUACGCCCGAGGAUACACUGUGUCGGAUCCAAACUGCAAUGGUGUUGGUUGCAACUGGAGUGGAACCAGUCGUCCUGCACCAUGCACAAAUUUUGGUGGCGUGAUGUCACUCCAGGAAAUUGAGGAUACUAUCAUUCCGCAGGUCGGCGUCAAGCCAACCCUUCUAGAGAAGGACAUGAUGAUGGAACUCAAAUGGGGUAAUCAAUGGAUAGGAUACGAUAACCUGGACACCAUCGCGAUGAAGAAGACAUGGGCCAGUCAGCACUGUUUCGGGGGCACGAUGAUCUGGAGCGUGGACUUUUACAGUGGUUCUGGCUCUGGCAAUACCCCAGACGGC